AUGUUUCGAAUAUUUUCGCUUUUUGGAAAUACUCGAAGUCAUGAUAACAUCAUCACUGUUCCAACACGAACACCACCAGAAAAUCCAAAAAGUUUAGUUCUGCCUGCGGAAUGCCUUCAAGAGAUUUUCAAAUAUCAUAGAGACGACCCAUACACACUCCGUUCAUGUUUGCUAGUUAACCAUUACUGGUGUCAGCAUGCAGUCGCUAUUCUAUAUCGUAAUCCGUUUGAGCUAGCUCGUAAACCAUCGCCAAAACUUGUGCACAAUUACUUAAAUUUGCUUGACAAAGAGGUGAAGUCUUUUCUACGCGAGAAUGGUCUCGAUAUGCUCUCUAUUGAUCCAACGAUAACUUCCUCGAUAAAUUAUCUUGCCGCAUUUCGAACACUCUCAUACAAAGCGAUAUACGAUUGUGUGUCACGACUUGUGCCACAGAAACAUCCGAAAUUUUCACGUCCAUGGAUGAGAAGAAAAUUUUGUCGCGUCGUGGUCGAGGAACUGUGUAAAUACUUUGUAAAGAAUUGCCGCAUGUUGAAUGACUUGUCGUUUGAUACAAAAGAUAUGAUUUUUUAUAAGCCAGAGAUAAAAAUGCCCUUUCCUAGUUACCCGGGUGCUGAUUUAUUAUUACAACAAAUUCGAAGAUUCUCAUGCGGUGGCGAAUACGAUAAAGGAGAUUUAAUGCAUGCAAUGUCUGUGUCAUGCAGAAACCUUGACACGCUCGAACUGAACUUUUCGAGUUUUGAUAUGUACAAUCCAAAAGAUGGCAAUCGACGAGAUACAUAUCAAAUGUGUAUUCUUAUUAUAGCACAAAGAAAUCUGCAAAAGAUUAUAAUACGCGAAUCUUACUGUUUUCUUGCUGAUUUGAUGCCUGCAUUUACUACUCAAACUUCUUCACUGACUCAUAUUGAAUUUAUCAAUGUCCUGUUUCAAACUUCGGGACCACUUGAAGUUGUCGCACAAUGUCAUAAACUAGAAACGCUGAUAUUCGAAGAUUGCAAUAAUCUCACAAAUGAAAUUUUAGCACCACUAGCAAAAUCAUCUUUCACACAUCUCAAAAAACUAACCUUCAAAAAUGCACAUCGUAAAGAACUCGACAAUUUGAUCCCGGUGAUUGAAAACACCAAUGGAAGUAUACGCGAAGUGCGAUUCCGACGACGGGAAUUUCGCAAUUCAGUAGUACAAAGUGUGCCUGACAUACCGCCUGUGAUUAUCGCAACGGUCGCGAAAUCUUGUCCGAAAUUAAUCUCGUUCGAGGGACACAUCGAACAGGAAACAAUGCAACCGUUUGUCUUACUAUUAGAAAAUUGUUUACGCCUUGAGCGAUUGGCAAUUUCUGUCGAGGACCAGUAUGACGAAUUUUUCCGGUCAAAAGUUGCGUCGCUUUUAUCCUCGACUUUAUAUCAUUUGACAAUUUCUUGGAUGGGUAAUUUCUCGGUGAAUGAAUUGGACCUGUUCCUAAGUAAUUGUAGAGCCUCGUUAGAGACUUUACAAUUGGCUACCCCGUGUUAUAUUGAUGAUUCGUUUUUGACUGCAAUCAUGCAUUACGCACGAAGAACUAGAACUUUAAAACGUAUAGCUUUGUCCCGCAAUGCUCAGGUAACUGAGGAAGGGAUUGAAAAAGCGUGUGCAGUCAUUAAUUCUGUCACAAAAAUCGGUGAAUGCUGCGAAUGGUGA